AUGCUCUCUUCUCCUGCAAUGAUUCUUCAGCCUUACGGACUGCCCGUCUAUCCCCAGGGUCCCCAAUGUUACCCCAGCCUAGUACAGGGAGGCCCUGGCCAGGAGGCCGGCCCCGGCAGUGGUGACCCCACCCUCCCCCAGGUCUAUGCCCAGCCUCCCUCAUACCCUCCACCAGGACAAGCUCCUCCCACACCUGCAGGCAGACUUCCUCCCCUAGACUAUAGUCCCGCCCACCCCAACUCAGAGUACCAGGAGCAUCACCAGCUCAGAGUCUAUCAGGGCCCGCAACACGAAGGGGCUGACACUCUGGCAGCCACUAGCACGGACGAUGCCCUGGUUCCGGUGACAUCUGACUCCCAGGCUCUGAGUGUGUCAGUGUCAUCAGGGGGUGGAGCAGGAAGUGGUAGCGAUGAGGAGGGGUCAGGCAAGGCCCAGCCCAAGCGUCUCCACGUCUCCAACAUCCCCUUCCGCUUCAGAGACCCGGACCUCAGACAGAUGUUUGGGCAAUUUGGCAAGAUCCUGGAUGUGGAGAUUAUCUUUAAUGAGAGAGGGUCAAAGGGUUUUGGGUUCGUGACCUUUGAGAGCGCAAUGGAGGCAGACCGAGCAAGGGAAAAACUGAACGGAACGAUCGUUGAGGGGAGGAAGGUUGAAGUGAACAAUGCUACAGCCAGAAUAGUCACCAAGAAGCCCCAAACACCUCUUGUGAAUGCCCCUGGAUGGAAGAUCAACCCUGUCAUGGGCGCGAUGUAUGCACCUGAACUCUACACCGUUGCCAGUUUCCCCUACCCCGUAGCUGCUCCCACCCUGGCCUAUCGGGGCUCACCACUGCGUGGGCGGGGCCGGGCUGUCUACAACACAAUUCGCUCAGCUGCUGCAGCCGCACCCACUGCCAUGCCCGCCUACCCUGGUGUGCUGUACCAAGAUGGAUUAUAUGGAGCUGAAGUCUAUGGCGGGUAUCCUGCAGCAUACAGAGUUGCCCAAUCACCAUCCGCUGCCACAGCAACAUACAGUGAUGGAUAUGGCCGAGUUUAUGCUGCUGCAACAGAUCCCUACCACCAUUCAGUGGGACCCACGGCAACAUACGGCGUCGGAACAAUGGCCAGUCUGUACAGAGGAGGAUACAACCGCUUCACGCCUUACUGAGCUGCCCAAUGGGAGCCUGGAAGCCGUUCUGUGACCCCGCCACCUCGUCCGGGAUUGGCCAGUCCCAGGACAACAACGCAGGACAGGUUAUGACAUCACUGAGCUCUGUGUCACCUCCUGUCUGACUCCGUCCACUUGGAGACGGUCAAAUCCAACCGACUGGACGUGUAAAUACUGUAGUAGCUAUUCACUAUUUAUUCUAUCAGAGAAUACAUAUAGGAUCAAGCCUGAUCUAAUGUAUAGACAGUUAUUUAAAACCUUUAUUUUACACUUAAUCUGUAUUGUUUGUGCCACUGAUUUGUUCCAGGGUUUAAGAAUGUAAAGAUUUCUGCCUCCGUACCUGGGUUAUAAGCUACUCUUUCACUAUUCUAACAGAGAGAGUUGAAUGUGAGCCAUUUUAUUUUUCAUUGGCUGGACUUCAUGGUGAAAUACUGCAACUCAAGUGGCACAACAAUACUGGUUUCUCUACAUGGUGACCUUUGUAAAAAAGUUUUUGA